GUGGCAGUUGGGAGAGAUCGCCAGUUGGACCGAUGGAAGGGAGUCCAGCAGGACCCAUCGAGCAGAAGGAGGCCAGGUGGGAAAGCUCCCGGGAAGAGCAGCCAGGACCGGCAUGGGGUUGCUCAAGUCCUGAGUCACAAUUUGGGAUUCCUGUGCUCCCUGGGUACAUUCUAUUAAUCCAGUUGAUGGCUUGCGUCCUUCUCGUCAUGUGGCUCGUCAUUCUACUCCCGUUGACUCUCUUUUCAGAUGCCAUGGUCAUGGAUGAAAAGGUCAAGGAAAGCUUUGUGCUGGACACAGCUUCUGCCAUCUGCAACUACAAUGCCCGCUACAAGGACCACCGCAAAUACUGGUGCCGAGGCUACUUCCGUGACUACUGCAACAUCAUCGCCUUCUCUCCCAACAGCACCAAUCAUGUGGCCCUGAGGGACACAGGGAACCAGCUCAUUGUCACUAUGUCCUGCCUGGCUAAGGAGGACGCAGGCUGGUACUGGUGUGGCAUCCAGCGGGACUUUGCCAGGGAUUACAUGGAUUUUACAGAGCUGAUUGUAACUGACAAGAAAGAAACCCUGGUCAGUGACUUUUGGUCUGGGAAAGACCUACCAGGCAACAAAACCAGAAGCUGCAAGACUCCCAGAGUUGUCCGCAAGGCUGACUACUCCAGGACGUCCAUUCUCAUCAUUUGCAUACUGAUCACGGGCUUGGGAAUCAUCUCUAUAAUCAGUCAUUUGACCAAAAGGAGGAGAAGUCAAAGGAAUAGAAGGAUAGGCAACUAUUUGAAGCCCUUCUCACGUAUCCUGACUCCAAAGAACGUGGCUCCUACUGAACAGAUGUGACUGAAGAUUUCUUUUAUUUAGUUUAUAAAGUGAUGCUACAACAGAACAGCCCCCAUGACAACUGCCCCACACCUCACAGACUGAUUCUGAUCUCCUGGGAAUUCUGAAGGACCCUCUAUCCUUGCCAGCAGUCAUUUGCAGCCUGGUAACAGCAAUGGGAGUCAGAGGAGCUGUGACAGACCGUAUGCAAGCAAGGCUGCACUCAAAUAACAUCCCCAGGUCUAAGUUCUCAUGCAUUCCAUCAGUCAGAAGGGAAGAAGAGGUGAAGAAUUUGCAUCGGGGGCCAGGAAAUCACUUAUUUUUAUUAGCCAAUAAAUUCCUGUC